AACCACCAAUCAGAAUCACAUAAUCCUCUCAGAGCUGGUUACUUAGCAGUUCGCACUCGCAAAAAGGCUAUACUUCAUUCUACAAACGUAAGAAAAGAUGGCAAGGUUGUCUGGCCUAGGCGGAUCGUGCUCAGCGGUGGCAGCUGCAGCCGCCAUAUUCAUCUUACUCGUCAACACGGCGGCGGCACAAACGGUGCAUGUCGUCGGCGACAACAUGGGUUGGACUGUUCCCCAGGGCGGCGCGCAGGCUUAUGCCACCUGGGCCACCGGCAAAACCUUCGCCGUCGGUGACAUUCUCACUUUCAACUUCGACACCAACAACCACGACGUGCUCCAAGUGCAAAGGUCCUCAUUCGACGCAUGCACUUCCUCCGACGCCGUCGGCAGCGUCAUCAUGACCGGCCCGGCGAACGUCACCCUCGACACCGCCGGCGACCACUACUACAUCUGCACCAUCGGCAGGCACUGUGCCGCCGGCCAGAAGCUGGCCAUAACGGUAGCCUCCACCCCCGGCGGUCCCACCACGAAUCCGCCGUCGACCCCCACCAACAUGAUCCCUCCGCCUGCCGCCGGUGGUGCGCCAGACGAGGCUUGCGCUCCCGCUCCGGAAGCGGCGGGCCCCACCGCCAUGAUGUCUCCUCCCCCGCCGCCUUCUUCGUCGUCUCGUGCUUUCCUGUCCGUUCUCACCGUUGCCGCCGCCGCGGCGCCGUUGUUGUCAUUUUUUUGGUUUAAUUAAUUCCCGGCGGCCGGGAACAGUCCCACCGGCCAGUACGUCUUUUUUUAAUUUUUCGCGUUUAUAGUAAAUUUUUGGGCUUGAGUUGAGUUUGCAGUGAUGAGUGUUUCAUUAUUAUACAUUAUUUGUCGUUCUUGUGAUGAUGAUGAUGACGAUAGUCAUACUAAUAAAUAAUGAGUAUUGUUUAAUA